CGCGUCAUGGCAACGCUCAAAUUCUUGUCGCAAGUAAACCCGUCGGCGUCGGAUUAGUGAGAUGGGUCAGACUUUGAAUAGAGCAGCCAGUUGGACAGCAGCUAGUGAUGUUGGAAAGGGACGACUUGAGUUCACCCCUAGAAAUGAAGCUAUCCUCAACUCAAUUAUCCGAUUUGUUGAGGAGUUCCCACUAAAGCAUGUUAAAGAAAGCAAAUUGGUUUUUAAGUUGCCAUUAGAAUGGGAAACAUCAUUACAAGCUAGUGAAUUUAACUUUGGUGGAUAUCAGAGCAUUGAUGGCAGUGUAGUGUCCAGUGAAGUCAAUGACAAAACUGGAAAGCCAUUGUUCUCCCUCACAAAGAAAGACAUUGGGGGAAAUAUUCUGCAUGUGUGGACCAUUGAACAGCUUGUCACUGUACUAAAAGUGGCAGAGACUAAGAAACUGAGAGAAGCCAGGGCAUGCCUAGAAGCAAACAGGGACCCAUUGACAAAGAUACUCGGAGAUGGCUAUGCCACUGUUGAGGGUGAAGACAUGACCUUGCUCAGAUUGAUGGAAAGCAUUAUUAAGGAUGAAACAGAAAAGGCACGAGGGGGAAGUGUCAGCAAUAGCAGCGGAAGGGAAUCCACACCUAGCAAGACCAGCCUAAGACUUCUUAUGCUUAUACAGCAGCUAGAUGUGCAACUGCUCAAUGAUUCCAUCAAAUUGAUGUCAAAGGAGGUGAGACUGACACCUGAUGUAGUUGCAGCACAAGUUCAGCUGGUUGAGUCUCUAUCUGGCCAGGACAGGAACAAGUAUUUGGUUGAGUCUAUCGAAUACACUUCUGAUAUGGUGAAUCCACAAGGCUUCAGGACACCAUUGUGGCGACAAGUACAUGGUGACAUUUGCUAUCUUAAGGCUAGAACCUUUGACAAAGAUAAUAUCUUUAUCACUGCCAACAUAUCUGGAGUUUAUGAGAUCCAGGGAGUGCUUCACCAAAGCAGGUCCAAGCCAAGCGAGGCAUGAAGACAAAGCCAGUGCCUGCGACAUGGCAGAAGGCGCAGUUACUUGCACAAGAUGAAGGGACAUUAUCACCCAGUGACAGGCUGCAGAAGGCAUCCGCCACAUCACGUCGUUCCACUCAUGGGAAGGCACCACCUUCUGAAGUGAUGAGUGACAGCUCGAGUGAGAGUGAAGAGGAGGAAGGAACCCAUGACCGGAGACAGGAGAGCUCAGACUUACCUAGCGAAUACUGGCAGAUACAGAAGCUUGUGAAAUAUCUGAAGGGUGGCAACCAGACAGCGACAGUGAUUGCCUUGUGCUCUAUGCGAGACUUUAACCUUGCACAGGAGACUUGCCAACUGGCAAUCAGAGAUGUUGGUGGACUGGAGGUGCUUAUCAAUCUACUUGAGACAGAUGAACUGAGAUGCAAGAUUGGCUCGCUCAAGAUCCUGAAAGAAAUAUCUGUAAACAAUCAAAUACGGCGAGCCAUUGCUGAUCUGGGAGGCCUGCAGACGAUGGUCGGACUGCUACAGGAUCCCAACAAGGACCUCAAGUGUCUUGCGGCUGAAACGAUCGCAAACGUUGCUAAGUUCGGGAGAGCCCGUCGUACUGUGAGGCAUCAUGGAGGCAUUACAAAGUUGGUGACGUUGAUGGACUGUGUACCACUGACCUCUGCUAUGACACCUGAGAUUGAGAAGGAGGUGAAGGUCGCGCGUUGUGGGGCGCUGGCCUUGUGGAGCUGUAGCAAGAGCAGGAAGAACAAGCAUGCGAUCAGGCGAGCAGGAGGAGUCCCACUGCUCGCACGUCUGCUCAAGUCUGCUCAUGAGAACAUGCUGAUACCAGUUGUGGGCACAUUACAGGAGUGUGCCUCUGAGCCCUUCUUCAGACUGGCCAUCCGUACCGAGUGCAUGAUUGAGGAUCUCGUGAAAAACCUCAGCGUUAAAAACCAGGAAUUACAAAUGCACUGCUCAUUAGCAAUAUUUAAGGCGGCAGAAGAUGCUGAGACGAGAGACCUGGUGCGGAAAUAUGGAGGUCUGGAUCCUCUUGUGUCCCUGCUCGCUAAUAAUGAAAAUAAAGAUCUCCUCGCAGCUGUCACUGGUGCCAUUUGGAAGUGUGCAAUCAGCAGAGAUAAUAUUAAAAAGUUUCAAGAGUUGAAAGCAAUAGAACUGUUGGUGGGACUGCUGCAUGAGCAGCCAGAAGAGGUGCUCGUAAAUGUAGUCGGAGCCCUGGGUGAGUGUGCACAAGUUCCAGGCAACCGCGCUGCAAUCCGCAAGGCAGGAGGCAUUCCUCCUCUUGUCAACCUGCUCACAGGAACUAAUCAAGCACUUCUAGGAAAUGUGACACGUGCCGUGGGUGCUUGUGCUCUCGACCCUGAAAACAUGGUCAUCAUAGAUCGUCUGGAUGGUGUAAGGCUGCUGUGGUCUCUACUAAAAAACCACAAUCCAGAGGUGCAGGCUUGCUCUGCAUGGGCUAUCUGCCCGUGUAUUGAAAAUGCCAAGGAUGCGGGGGAAAUGGUCCGCUCAUUUGUGGGUGGGCUGGAGCUCAUUGUUAGCUUGCUGAAGUCUGAGCAUCACGAGGUUCUGGCAAGUAUCUGUGCUGCCAUUGCUAACAUUGCCAAGGAUGAGGAGAAUCUAGCUGUCAUUACUGAUCAUGGAGUAGUACCAAUGCUGGCAAAGCUAGCCCAGACUAAUGACGACAAGCUAAGGCGCCACCUAGCAGAAGCUAUCGCUCGAUGCUGCAUGUGGGGAAAUAACCGCGAGGCAUUUGGUGAAGCCGGAGCAGUGGCCCCACUAGUCAAGUACCUAAAGUCACCAGAUGAGAAAGUUCACUGUGCGACUGCUAAGGCGCUGUAUCAACUAUCAAAGCAGCCAAACAACUGCAUUACUAUGCAUGAGAGUGGAGUUGUGAAGCUUCUGCUCAACAUGGUUGGCUCUAGUGAUGAUGUGCUACAGGAGGCCGCUGCUGGUUGCAUCAGUAAUAUCAGGAAACUGGCCCUGGCUAACGAGAAGGCAAAGUACAGCUCGUAAAUGCGUAGAGAUGCCAAGACAAUCCAUCCUAGUUCGGACACGUUACAGACACUUCACACUGUUUGAUCACUUCACAUGCUAUUGUAAACAGAAAUGCAUAUUAUACUGCCUUUAAAAUUGCCAACACCUGAGACAUUGUCACUUUAUGUUCAAAAAUGAGUAAAUGGUACUUGACGUGGUGAAAAUUGAAAAAUAAUCUUUUCUUAUAAAUAAGCUGUAUCAACAUUUAUGUAUGCAUGUAAGUCCUGGGCGUGCGUGUGCAUGCGUGGGUGCGAUCGUGCGCCCACGUGCACAGGGCAAGGCAAUAGGGUUGAUAAAAGUGUCGUGUGUAGCAGUAUGUAAGUAACAUUUUAUAUAAUCUGUUUAUAUUUAGCAGGAUUUUACAUGCAGUAUUAUAUGUUUUAUCCAAACAAGAUAGCGUGGUGAUAAUAAAGUUGGCCAUCAUAU